CGUCGAUUGGCGGAAGACCCUGAUAACCGAAGACUGCAACUCGAAGAAAAUGACGCACGCCAUCGACUUGAGGCGGUUAAGCGAAGUCGCCAAGGUAAAGGUCGGGGCCAGCGCGAAGUUGACCCGACAAAGGUCAUGGAAGUUGACUCGACGGAACCAGUUGACCGAACUUCCGAUCGAAACCAACCGGAAAGCGCUAAGAAACGCCCGCCGAGAGAUGGCGAGGGCGAUUCAAAUGAAAUGGAAUAGUGUUGACCUUUAGGAUCACACUAUCGAAAGGACGUCUACGGCAUUUGUCGGUACGUCACAAAGAUAAAAAUGGUGUUGUAUAAAGGGCGUGACACAUGACAUAAUAACAUUAAUUGCAUUCGUGUAUUUGUUGUUUGCAGCGUUUAUAGCACAGAAUUGCCUAAAGAAAUCAUGUGGAAUAUCUAUUGGGGUUGAAAUUGAUUCGGUCUAUAAAGCCGGCCCCAAAGGAGUUGCUACGGCAGUUAGCCGGCCCUCCUCUUUAAGCGACUCAGUGUUAUAAAUGCACAAGAGAAACUACGGUAAUCAAGCCGGACCUCUUGAAUACGAAACGGGGCCACAAGCGGCGAAAAAGAGAAAGACAACAGGUGGAACAUUGAUGAGGUUAACUUAAUGCGGCAAUUAGCCGGCCUCAUUAGAGUUGUUACGGUAAACUAUGCCGGCACUCUCUUUAAGCGAUUCAGUGUUAAAAUUAAAACGAGAAAAACUACGGUAAUCAAGCCGGAUUUCUCGUACUAACGUAAGCCACAAGCGGCGAACAAGAGUCAAAGAUUUAAGGUGGAAAUUUCAUGGGGUAAACUUAAUGCGGUAAUUAGCCGGCCCCAUCAGAGAUGCUACGGUAAACUUGCCGGCACUCUGGCCGCUCGAGGCAUACUGAAGUUGGAUGUGCGACGGAAAGGUCAAACUGCAAGUUUUACCAGGGAGGCAAGCGAAGAAGUGCUUGAAAGCCGCAGGAAAUUGGCUAAGUCCCUCCAUGACCUUUAACGGAAAUUUUGACGAGUGGGGUGACCUUUGGGAUCAUCAAUUGCCCAACAGAGUCACCGUAUUGGAAUUUAAGUCGCAUGACCUUUGGGACCAUUAACCCAAAAUGAGUCGCACAUCUUAACGGAUCAUCUCAACAAAGGAUGACCUUUACCAGGGAGGAAGCGAACUACGCUUGUCUUAAAGACGUCCCUCCAUGACCUUUACGGAUCUCAUUUUGAAGUCGUACAAUUGAUACGCACCAUAUUCCAAAGAUGAAGCAGUAUUCCUAAGUCGUACUUGAUACGCACCCGAUUCUCAAAGCGGAUUGUGAUGAAAGUCGCAUUACGGAUGCGCGAGGUUGCUCAACGGAGCGGAAUGGGCCAAAGUGCGGAAAACGGUGGACAGGACCUGUGACCUUUACGAGUCAGAAAUGGAGGAUCCUAGUCUACAUUUUGAUUAAUACUUUUGUUGAUCUGUUUAACUGUUGAUCUGUUUUCUGAUAGUAUUUUUUAUAAUCGGAUCUCUUUAUUCACAUCGUAUUAAAUGGAAUUGUGCCUUAUGGAAUUGAUGUGAUAUGAUAAACGGAUUAAGAGAAUUUGAUGUUUUUGAGCGCACACAGACACCGGCGACCGUCGUCUUCUCGUGGAUCCGGGAGUGUGUCCAGCCUCACAGGAGCUCGGCAUCCCCCCAGAGGCAUGUGAGACCGGGAUCACUAGCGUUCACGUCAGUGGCGCUACGCCUGUGGCGCUACGCCUUUGGACUACGUGUCUGUGUUGUGUCUCUUGUGAUUGGCUUGCGUUCUGAUAGUGGGCGCGGCAUAGCACGUGCUGCACAGCGCUGCACGCUGUUGAAUUGGCUCUACGUUUUACGAUCGAGCUGCGCCGAUCAGUUGUUGAUUUUUCUGUUACACAGACUUUUCAAUAUUAAAAAGUCAGCGAUUUACGGUGCGACGUUUGUGUUUCCGCAUAGCUCGCGAUCCAUAUCGUAUCGCUCGCUUCCACGGGAUCUAUUCCGUUUAGGUCUCCGUAUCUGGAUCACAGUUGGAUCUAGCAUUAGAGGUCAUUUGGCUCGUGAAUGUCCUGACAAAAUUGCGGAAGAUGCUAUUCGUAUGCAAUCCCAGUGAGCAGCUUUUUCGCGGGCGUGGAGUAUCCGACCGUAGAGCUAUCUGCAUCGAUUUCAACAAAGGAAACUGUUCAACACCAUGUAAGAAUAAACUUCGGCAUAUGUGCUCCUAUUGUACCGGCGCCACCCAUGGAGAGUACAGCUGUUGGAAAUUGCGCGAUGCCGGUAAAUCCGGCAACACCGCUUAAAAUUGGCGUUUUCAUAGAGCUGCUUGCGCCACAUCCUGAUCGUUCUUUUGUUAAUCAGAUUGUUACUAUUUUGCAACAUGGCGCUAAUAUCGGUUAUUUUGGUCCUCGUGUUUCUGUUUAUACACCUAACUGUAAAUCGGCUAAAAUCCAUAAAGAUGUUUUACUUAAAUCUGUUCAAAAAGAAAUCGAUCUUGGUCACACGGUUGGCCCUUUUCGGCAUGCACCAUUUGUUAACAUGGUAUGCAGUUCAUUAGGCGUGGUGCCUAAAAAGACAUCUGGUUUUCGUAUUAUUCUUGAUUUAUCGCGGCCAGUCGGCCAGUCUGUGAACGAUUACAUUGAUAAAGCUACAUUCUCAUUAUCAUUUUGCUCAGUAGAUGACGCUAUCGCCUUACUUAAACGAUUUGGGAAAGGCGCCUUAAUGGCGAAACAGGAUAUUAAACAUGCCUUUCGCCUGAUUCCUGUGAGACGAGAAGACUGGCAUUUAUUAGGCUAUUGUAUAGAGGGUCUAUAUUAUUUCGAUGUUGUUCUUCCUUUCGGCUGUCGAUCCUCGCCAUAUCUUUUCUGCUUAUUCUCUCAAGCAUUACAUUGGAUUGUCGCCCACAUGUUUGGUUUUGAUAAUUUACUUCAUUACAUGGAUGAUUUCUUCUUCGUUGGUAAAUCAAAGUCGGCUGAGUGUACUAAUAUCGUGCAGCUGUUUAUCGCUGCCGCUGAUCGGUUGGGUAUUCCAUUAGCCACAGAAAAGGCAGAAGGGCCGGCAACGAAACUGACCUUUCUUGGUGUUGAAUUGGAUUCAGUCGCGUGCACUAUUGCCUUACCGCCUAAUAAGCAUGCCGCUAUCCUGUUGUUAUUACAGCAGUGGGCAGUGCGUUCAUUGUGCACCAAGACAGAGCUGCAAAGUCUCAUUGGUACUUUACAGUUUGCGGCAAAGUGUGUGCCGGUUGGUCGCCUGUUUGUCCGGCGUAUGAUAAAUUUAUUACCCGUAUCCGGUACUGACGCAAUCGUACUUGGUGCAGACAUCCGGGAAGAUAUUCAGUGGUGGUUAGAUUUUCUCCCUAUUUGGAACUGAUCUUUGUCAGCGAAAAGUGCUGUUACAUUGUGACAAUUUGGGAGUUGUCCAAGCUUGGAACAAAUUCUCCACGUCUUCUUUAUCUAUCAGUAUUUCCCUAUUCCUCAGGAAAGGUCGUCGCAGUUUCGGAAGCCCGUGGUGUCGUAGCUCGCCGCGUCUUUCCUGACUCUUUGAUUUGGAACCGUGUACGAAGAGCAGGGAACAGUACCGACGAUAAUGACCAGUCCGAUGAUGACUCGGCAGAUCCCUGUGAGGAUGGCGUCGACUGUGGUUCCGUGGCCAGCGGGGCAGGAGUUGGGAAAUAAUAUAUUAUGUAGUCUAGUUCCAUAAGUUAAAAACCUGUCUAAUGGGAAACUAGCUAGUGCCGUUCUGCAGUGAAAUAGACGGUAGAAUUUGCAUAACUUGUAAACUUUUAGCUUUAAGCAACGGCGGAGUAAAUUAACUAAUUGCCGGUCAAAAAAUCAAACGUGUGAGUUUCUUUCUUAACGAUUAAAAUACUUACAAGCUGUGUUUCUCGCUCGGUUAUGUUUACUGAAGCGUCUAGAAAAAAUAUUAUUUGUCCUUGCAGACCUUUUUACCAAAGCUUGACCUUUCAUUCAACAGCACCAUCUAUGCUUAUAGCACUAGUACUGGUUGGUGCCAUCUAUGUGUAUGCAUAUAAUAUAAAUUAUGGUACCGCAGUAAAACAUUCAUUUGGUUGCAUUAUUGAAA